UUCGAACGACGUGCAAGUGACCCUGGUGCUCCUCCCCUUCCGGAGGUCUCCGGGCGCAGGGAGAGGCCUAUUGUUCCGGCCGCCGCCGCUAUCGCCAUGUACCGACAGAAUUUCCCUCCUCCGACGCCGCCGUACUUAGGCGGCGGGGGGUUCCGCAGCCCUCCUUGUGCGGAAGGUGGAGGCCCCAUCCCGGCCUCUCCACAAGGCCACAGAAGCCCCCACCAAACGCCGCCGUACGGACAGCGCUCGCGGCCUUACGAAGUCUCCGCCCGGUCUCCUCGCUUCCAGCCGUGUGGCGAUGGCAGCGGGGGGCGGUUCGGUGGGCCGUCUCCGACGGCGGCGCACACACCACGUAGGCCCCACAGUGCCAGCCCCAGGUAUUCGGCUUCCUACAGCGGCGGUGGUGGCAGCAGGUCCCCCGGAGGAGCUUUCUACCAGCAGCAGCCCUUCAGGCAUCCGCCCUCGGGGGGCUUCCACAGAUACAGCCAGGGAUCACCCGGGACAUCUACUCCAUUUGGUACACCGCAUGGCAGAGAGAAAAGAGUAUCUAAUGAUGAUGUGGAAAACUAUUACAAGCCUUCAAUGCUUGAGGACCCAUGGGCAGGCCUAGAGCCAGUAUCUGUUACAGAUGUUAACCAGCAAUUCAGCAGUGAGCAAACAACAUACACUGGUAAAAAGGGGAGGUAUUUCAGUUAACAUUUCUAGAAGUGAAAUAACACAGCUGUGAGAAACUGGGAAAAAAACUUCAUACUUAAGAUGACAUGCAAUCAAGGAUUUAGGUAUGUUUUAUUUGAAUUGCCCAUACUUUUAUCCUGCCAUUUUUACUGCAUCACAUAUUUUUAUAUGAGAAGAAAGGAGUAAUAGGAUACCUUACUGUUCUUGUAUGGAAGGGGGCCAUCCAGCUAUGAAGAAUAAAGUAUUCUUAGUCACCAGCAAAUUGAUUUGUGACUGUUCCUAGUUUUUACCUCUUCCAUGCCUAAUUGUACAAUGUGUUUAUUGUGGUGAAGAAGUGGUAUCUCCAUUUAUGUUGAACAUUUUUAGAACAAAGAUGGCUUUGAAAUAAAAGAAAUGUUUUGUAGAAUUAAAAAAUACUAUUUUUGUUAAGUCAUACUUCAAAGUAAUUCUAUAGAAAUUCCAUGUUUUCUGCUAACAGUUGUAGGUUAUAAACUUUUUAUACAGUAUUGCAACAUUUAGUGUUAAAUAAUUUUAGGAAACUGGGACAAUGUAUUAUGAAACUUAUCUGUAACUGUAUUUUCAUAUUUCAGAAGAGGUUUUUUUAAGGAAUAUAGUUUUACUGGUUUAGAAAAUACCAUCUUGUACAAAACACUCACAUUUAACCAACAUACGAAAAUCUCUGGAUUGGAAAAAAGUAGCAUUGUGUGAACAUUAUGGAGAGUCAAAGAUACCUCAAAUGAUAGGUUUUGCUAGUGUUCCUGUUUAAGAAUUUGGGAUAGUUACAAGAGUACUGGGUUCUUGUUAAAUGAAAAUAAUUGUAAAAAUUAUUGUGCAACAUGUUAGCAUUGACAUGUGGUUCUGUGUUUCUGCCCUGUUUUUCAAAACAGGCUACUUCAAAAAGAGUAAUGUUUCAUGAAAAAAGUCACAAUAAUAAAUUGAUAAUUAUUUAGGCAUUUAUCUUAAA